UAGAUGGAGAGGAGGCACAGGACAGGAGGUGGAGAGGAGAGAGGGAUCACUGGCUGUCAUCAGGUCGGGAGGAGGAGUUUGUUAAUGUUCAGUUUGUAGAGUAGAUGGAUGUUGGCUGCCUGUGUGUGAUAGAAGAGACGCCUUUCCUCCCUGCCCAUCUCACUCCCAGCCUGGCAUCUGACAAGAGCAGCGGUGCCCCUGCCCUCCUCUCUCCCACCACCACCACCACCACCACCUCCCCCCUGCACCAGGGAGAGGGGGGGUCCCGGGAUUAUUGUCACCCUGCGGAUGAUCAGCAGAACUGAGGACAUCACACAUCCAUUGAAGAGGAGAGGAGGAGAGAGAGAGAGAGAGAGAGGGGGGAGACUCCGCACAUCAUACUCAAGGCAAUCUGUUUUCUCUCUUGUUUUUUCCAUUACUUAUUUGCUUUGACCUGGAUUGAAGAAGAGAGCUGGGAAGGAGAGGAAGAGGCGACAUGACCAGGAGGAAGCAGCAGGCACCAAAACGGGCAGCAGGUUACUUCCAAGAAGAAGAGGAGCUGAAAGGUGACAGCAUCAAGGAUGAAGAGGAGGAAGACGAUGACAGCACCUCUACUGCCCACCUCCAGGACAGCACCUACUCUCCUACCGAUGAGGAACAAGAGGUAGCUGGGGACUCGAAGAGAAGCAUCAGCUUCCACGACUCCCCGGCAAGCCACACGUGCAACCAAGAUGGGGAGAGCGAAUCCUUGCUAAGUGAUGUCAGCGACCAGAUGGCGGACAUGAAAAGCUUAUCCUCUCCGAAAGAUGCUCAGGACCAAAAAACAAACCAACAACCCAGGCUGCAAGCAGAGGCGCAGGACUGCAUUAAUAAGAUGAAGAUGUCCUAUGCCAACAUAUUGUCCGACUCCUACUGGACGAACCUAGGACUGAGUCUCAAGGUGCCUCGCGCUGACAGAAAAGCGUGCGACAACCGCAACGGAACCAACAAAGGAGAUUUCGACUGGCAUCAGGAUGCCCUUUCCAAAAGUUUACAGCAAAACCUACCUGCGAAAUCCAUCUCGAAGCCGAACCUGUUCAGCUCUGUGCAGCUGUACCGGCAAAACUCCAAAAUGUACAACACCGUUUUCACAGGCGCCAGCAGGUUUCGCUGUAGACAGUGCAGCGCUGCUUACGAUACCCUGGUGGAGCUAACCGUGCACAUGAACGAAACGGGCCAUUAUCAAGACAACAACCACAAGAAAGACAAGCACAGACCAGCCACUUAUUCAAAGACUAGAAAAAGGGCGUUUCACGACAUGGACAAGGAGGACGCACAGAAAGUUUUAAAAUGCAUGUUUUGCGGUGACUCGUUUGACUCGCUCCAAGAUCUAAGCGUCCACAUGAUAAAAACGAAACAUUACCAAAAAGUGCCUUUGAAGGAACCCAUUCCAAGCAUCUCAUCUAAGAUGGUCUCUACAAAAAAACGCAUGUUCGAGGUGAACCGGCCGUGCUCGCCGGACUCCACCACGGGCUCCUUUGUGGAACACUGUAGCACGCAGAAAAACUCAAACCCCCAGCUAUCCUCUAACAACCGCUAUGGGUAUCAAAAUGGUGCCAGCUACACUUGGCAGUUUGAAGCCUGCAAGUCCCAAAUUCUAAAGUGCAUGGAAUGUGGAAGUUCUCACGACACUUUGCAGCAGCUCACCACACACAUGAUGGUCACCGGACAUUUUUUGAAAGUUACUAAUUCAGCCUCAAAAAAGGGCAAGCAGCUGGUCUUGGACCCACUAGCCGUAGAAAAGAUGCAGUCCCUCUCGGAUUCCCCGUCCAGUGACGGUCAGUCAAAGCCAUCGGCAAGCUCCCCUUCUGGAGGAUCCACGUCUGAAAUGAUGACGACCAGCAAAGAAUGUAAAACGGACAUUUCAGAAGAGGGGAGCAAAGACGAAAAAGUAGACACGAGCGAGGAGCAUAGGGACGCCAUGGAAAAGCCUUUGGAUCCAACACUGAAAUACCAGUACUUAAGAGAAGAGGAUUUGGAAGACGCUUCGAAGGAAGGAGGUGACAUCCUGAAAUCUUUAGAAAACACAGUAACCUCAGCGAUUAACAAGGCCCAAAACGGAACUCCCAGCUGGAGCGCGUAUCCCAGCAUUCACGCCGCAUACCAAAUCUCAGAUGUCAUGAAACCUUCCAUGUCCCUCAAUUCUCAAGUAAUGCAGAUGAGGCCUUCCUUCUCUAAUAAGUUUAGGCCUAUUGCUCCUAAAUGCAAAUCUGUGCCUCUUCCCUCCAAUACCCCUCCUGAGUCCCAAUCUACACAAGUUAAAGAGGAAUCUGAGGAUGCAGAGAUAGAAAUAGAACCAACAAAAGAAAUAAAGAUGGAGGUGAUGCCAACAGACAAAAAAGAAGAGUCACCCGAAACGGAAGACUUGCUUGAGACGCGAAAAGAAUCCAACAGCUCACCAAAACCAGAGGAACAUAUUAGGCAGAAUGGUGAAAAGGAGAAGGCAAGGUUCCUGGAGCCCAUGGAAUGUUCACCAAGAAGUGAAGACUGUUCAGCACUGAGGAGCUCUGCAAAUUGUUCCCCCGACAUCCCAUGCGUGAACCCCCUCAGUGCUUUGCAGUCUGUCCUAAACAAUCACCUAGGAAAAGCCUCUGAAUCGCUGAGGUCUCCAGGAAGUUCUAAUUGCACAAGCCUGGCCGCCGUGUUUCAGAAGCCUCCUGCGAACAGAGUGGAAAAGCCACCUGUAUGUCUUACUCCGCCACGGCCUGCCACACAGUUUUUAUUUGAAGGAAGUGACCAGCCCAUUGACCUCACCAAAUCUAAGAAUAAAAAGGUUGAGUCGGCCAAAGCCCAGUCCUGCACGUCUCCCCCUCAGAAGCACGCUCUGUCAGACAUAGCUGAUAUGGUUAAAAUUCUUCCAAAAGCUACAACCCCAAAGCAUGUAUCUUCUGGAAGAAUGGGCCCCAUGAAACUAGACAUGGACUCCAGGCACAUUGAGGUAGUCUCCACGGAGGUCUCAUCACUGCAUAAAAGAAAGGGAAGACAAUCGAACUGGAAUCCUCAGCAUCUCCUCAUUUUACAAGCCCAGUUUGCCUCCAGUCUCUUCCUGACUUCAGAGGGAAAAUACUUGUUAUCGGACCUCGGGCCUCAAGAACGCAUGCAGAUCUCAAAGUUUACUGGACUGUCCAUGACUACGAUCAGCCACUGGCUGGCCAAUGUCAAGUAUCAGCUCCGGAAGACUGGCGGGACAAAAUUUUUGAAAAACAUGGAUAAGGGACACCCCGUGUUUUACUGCAGUGACUGCGCAUCUCAGUUUAGAACGCCCUCCAGCUACAUAGGCCACUUAGAGACCCAUCUUGGAUUCCAGAUGAAAGACAUGAACAGACUGACUGUUGAACAGCAGACCAAGGUCAAAAAGGAAAUCUCCCGAGUAUCUGUUCGGCAGUCCCCGCAACCUGUAGCUGGAGAAGAGGACACGGACUCCAAGUUUAAAUGUAAAUUGUGUUGUCGGACAUUUGCCAGCAAACACGCAGUCAAGCUGCACUUAAGCAAAACACACAGCAAGUCCCCGGAACAUCACUCACAGUUUGUAGCCGAGAUUGACGAGGAGUAAUUUGUAUAUGAUGCAUUGAUUCUUUUUCCUUUUUUCUUUUGGACUGUACAGUUUAAGAAACCAACAGAACGGGCUUGUGUGCUUUCAUAGAAGUAGUAAAGCUAUUGAAGUGUCAGGUGUACGUCGGUGUAUAUAUAUCUGGUGAUGUAUAUACUGGUCUACUUUGCAUUACGUUCCGGCGGGUUAGAGACCCGGCCACAUGAAGAUUUGCCAUUUCCUUUUGGUUUUUAUAAAAAGUUGCUGCUAAAUUCAUAUCCCAUAGAAGCUUCACCAGCCCCGAUUUAGCUGUAGCCAGGCCUAGCUUUGUGAGAUGAAGAGCUAAAGAUGCCUUCAUA